GUUCUUCCUUCAAAACUGCUGCAGCACCAACUCUGACAUGGCUGAGCCCGGCUCUGAGCCUUCCUCUGAGGAAAGCCUCGGCACCACGGAACCCACGGAAGCCGACCCGAAGAGUCUGAAGCAGAAGCAGCCAAGGCGCCGCCGCCGCCGCCGCCGCCGCCUCGACAGUUUCGCCACCUAUUUCCCCAGGGUUCUGAGGCAGGUUCACGAGGGCCUGAGCCUGUCUCAGGAGGCCGUGAGCGUCCUGGAUUCGUUCGCGAAGGACAUCUUCGAGCGCAUCGCCGACGAGGCCACGUGCCUGGUCCGCUCCACCAAGCGCUCCACCAUCUCGUACGGAGAGAUCCAGACCGCUGUGCGCCUGCUGCUGCCGGGAGACCUUGGCAAGCACGCCGUGGCCGAGGGCACCAAGGCCCUCAUCAGAUACAUCAGCCGCCGCUGAGCUGCCUCAGGAGCACCUGAGCAUCGCAACCCAAAGGCUCUUUUCAGAGCCACCUCACUUGGCGGGAAAAGAGCUGUCGCCCGAAAAGGAGGGAUCUACUCUAGUUUGGUGAUCGUGUGGCAUUCGGCUAAAAGGUAAAGUAUUUUUACCAUAAAGGAAAUAUUCUUGGCUAUACUUUAUAUAUAUUUGAGUACAGUUUAUUCCACGGGAAAUCCUGGAUUUUCCUUGACCUUGUUACGUUUCCCGGCUUUCCUAAACCGU